UUACCAAACGUUGUCCUUCCCCCAAAACCCAUAAGCUCUUCCUCUUCUUCUCUCUAUUUCUCUCUAUCUCUCCCCCCAGAUUUUCCUCUGCAAAAAACAAAGCUGCUUCUGCAACUGAUGCUGUUCUGAGCAGGAAGCUUCACACAGCACCAAGGGUUAAGCUCCUUUAUAGCUUGAAGCGGAAGAGCUGGCUAGCUAGCUGAAAGCUUAUGAUGGCGAAUGGUAACAAGAAACCAGGUGGUGGCGGAGCCGGCGGUUCUGGUGGUGGUACUACUGCUGCAUGUUGGUCUUCUUCGUCUUACAAAGCAAUUCUGGUGUUUAUUGUUCCAUUGGUUGUUGUUUUCGGGUUGAUCUCGUUGCUGAGUCCGAAAUCCUCCAAUUGGGUGUUCAUCUCCAACUACUACUUAGCCGGCCCUUCUCCGAAUACAAGCGCCUCUAACUUGUCGGAGAUCGGAGCUUCACACGACGACGUUUUGGGCUUGAGGUCGACGGUGGUUGUUAUGGAUAUGCACAGUAGUACAAUAGAAGAAGUUCACUCUGAUGAUUAUGUGCAGAACCGGUCUGCUUCUCCGCCGCUCGCGGUAGAAGAAGCAACACCACCACCGCUUGAACCGAUUAUUAAUGGGACAAAUGACGAGGUCCCCAUGAAUGAAACUGAUGCUAAUUCUGCCAUGGAUAAUCCUGCUACAAGACGAAAGGAGUAUACUCAUUUAGGGCGGCUAGAGGGUCGUCUUCGAAGAGCUCGGGUGGCGAUAAGAGAGGCUAAAUUUGCAAACAAAACACAUGAUGCAGAUUACAUUCCUAAUGGUCCAAUGUAUUGGAAUGCUAAUGCCUUUCAAAGGAGCUACUUGGAAAUGGAGAAACGGUUCAAAGUCUUUGUAUAUGAAGAAGGGGAACCGCCAUUAUUUCAUAAUGGCCCUUGCAAAAGUAUAUACUCUAUGGAGGGAAAUUUCAUACAUGAGAUUGAGGUAAACAAGCAAUUUAGGACCCGAAAUCCUGAGGAAGCACAUGUUUAUUUCCUUCCCUACAGUGUGACAAUGUUGGUUCGGUUCGUAUACGUGCGUGAUUCACAUGAUUUCAGUCCCAUUAGACAGACAGUAAGGGAUUAUGUCAAUAUUAUCUCUACCAAAUAUCCCUACUGGAAUAGAAGCCUUGCAGCUGAUCAUUUUACAGUUGCUUGCCAUGAUUGGGGGCCAGAAACUUCAAAUUCAGAUCCUUAUCUGCGCAAAAAUUCAAUCCGUGGUCUAUGCAAUGCAAAUACCUCAGAAGGGUUUAACCCCUCUAAGGAUGUCUCCUUUCCAGAAGUCAAUCUUCAAACUGGUGACACACAUGGUUUCCUUGGUGGUCCUUCUCCAAGGCUGCGCUCAAUAUUAGCUUUCUUUGCCGGAGGAGUUCACGGUCCUAUUAGGCCUAUAUUGCUAGAGCAUUGGGAAAACAAAGAUAAGGACAUGAGGGUGCACCAGUAUCUUCCUAAGGGUGUCAGCUACUAUGACAUGAUGAAAAAGAGCAAGUUCUGUCUUUGCCCGAGCGGGUAUGAAGUUGCAAGCCCAAGGGUGGUCGAGGCAAUAUACACAGGGUGUGUUCCGGUCCUAAUUUCAGAUCAUUAUGUGCCACCUUUCAGUGAUGUUCUCAAUUGGAAGUCUUUCUCUGUUGAGGUUUCCGUAAGUGACAUUCCUAACUUGAAAAACAUAUUGACGAGCAUAUCUACGAGACAAUAUCUAAGAAUGCAAAAGAGAGUGAUACAAGUCAGGAAACAUUUUGAGGUCAAUUCUCCUCCUAAAAGAUUUGACGUUUUCCAUAUGAUUCUACAUUCUAUUUGGCUAAGAAGACUAAAUGUUAGAGUACAUGAUGAUCAAUAAGACCUUUUGGUUUGUUUAUUGUUUUGAUUAUAAGCCUGUUAGGUGAUGUAAUUCUUUCCUUGAUCAAUUUCCUCCUGUGAAAGUAGUGUCCAUGUGUAAUGAGCUUAGCAAGAAAUAAAUAGUUCAAAUUUUGC